AUGCCUGAAUCAGCAGUUCUAUUCAUUUUGGAUACUUGGGUUCAUUUACCUCCAAAGAUUUUAAUUUAAUGGAGAAUCUUAUUUUAUUAAGAUCCUUCUUUAAACGAAGGAGAACUUAAUUAAAUGAAAGAUGCUGAUCUAAAACUUUAGAUGUUAUAAUCAAAUAAAGAUGAUAAACAUAAUUAUUUAUAUAGUAUUAGAAUAGAAUGA